CCCCAAAUUGAUACUCCGUUCUUGCGAUUGGGAUUCGAAUUCCGUUAACCAUAGUCUCGAAUUGAUCUGAACAGCUUCCUAUGGCUCCGAAGAAGUCUGAAGGAAUCGCUUUACUAUCUGUUUACAGUGAUGAGGAUGACGAAGAUAUGGAAGACGCCGAGGAAGAGGAAGAAGAAGAGGAGCAGAGAAAUCAGGAAGAGAGUGGAAAACGAAUCGAAGAAGAUCAGGUAGAAGAAGCGAAUUAUAUGGAUGAAGAGAGAGGAAGAGGAGGAGAAGAUUCUAGAACGCCGGGGUUGUUAGAUGGUGGUGGAGCUUCUAGUGCUCAUGCGACGCCUCGUUCACUUGAUAAUGAUGAAUCACCGAGAGGUGACUGGAGUAAUCGAAUGAUUGGUGAGUCUGAUGGUGACAGAGCUGAUGAUGCUUCAGGGGAAAGUAGUGAUACGUUAUUGGAUCAGUUUCUUCCGCCUCCACCGAGGGAGAAGUGCUCCGAGGAGCUGCAAAGGAAAAUAGAUAAGUUUCUGAGCCUUAAAAAGAUGGGGAAGAGUUUCAAUGCAGAAGUGCGGAAUAGAAAGGAAUACAGGAAUCCAGACUUCCUAUUACAUGCUGUAAGUUACCAAGACAUUGAUCAGACAGGUUCCUGUUUCAGUAAAGAUGUAUUCGACCCCAAUGGAUAUGACCCAAGUGACUUCUGCGAUGCAAUAGAAGUUGACAUGAGGCACGAGAGAGAAAGGAAGGAGCAAGAAAGCAAGAAGAACCAAAAGCUUGACUUCGUUUCUGCUGGUGCUCAACCUGUGGCGGUUUUUGUUGCACAAAAGCCUAACAUCCCCAUUCCAGGUAUUCCAGCUUUAGUUACUAGUGGAUUGCCUUCUGUACCAACUGAAAUCGCUGCUCGUGAUGGUAGACCGAACAAGAAAUCCAAAUGGGAUAAGGUUGAUGGGGACGUAAAGAAUCCUCCUCUAGCAGCUGGGACUCAGGAUUCUCGCUCUAAUGCAUCUCUUGUAUCUGCUGCAAGUGCUGGCUCUGGAUACGCAGCUUUUGCGCAACAACGGAGACGAGAGGUGGAAGGACGGAGAUCUUCCGAGAGGAAAUUGGAGAGAAGAAGUUAAGACAUAGCCAGGACGAUGCUGUUAUAUGUUGUGAUUCUUGUAGCAAGAAAUUCUAUAGAGGUUCUAGUUCAAUGUUUCAUAGCGAGUACAAACUUAGAACCAAUGAUAUACAGUGCCUUCAUUCUUUUUUGUACUAACGGAAAAUUUCAGACCAAACA